CACGACGAAAAUAAAUGGAUUGGAUGAAUGGAAGCAACCAGCUUUAUGUUUCUUUAGAUGCUUUUAGAAGAGUGAAAGUUAAUAAUAAGUAUGGAAAGCAACAAGUUAGGAAUCCCCCAAAAGUGGAAAAAAGACAACCAUUGCAAGAUAAAACAAAUCAAAUAGAAUUACCGUCCAAAAACAAAGGCUAUCCAGACAUUCUUCCUGAUGAAAUAUCGUUUAUUAAAACCCCAGAACGUAAAAGUCCGACAAGGCUAUAUCAGGAAAUAUGCUUUCGUGAUAUACCGCUAGAACCAGAUUUUUGUAAAACUUUCCAACCUCUUGCGACAUCCACCCCCAAGAAAAAGGAGAAAGGCUUGAAGUCACUGCAAGCAAGAAGCCAAAAAUAUGAAGAAGAAAGUGAAUUUGACGAGUUAGCGACGUGGUUCCAAUCAGCGUCUAAUUUUGAACUCAACUUUUCUGAAAUUUCUAGCCAAAAACAAUCAAUUUUAAACUGCCAAGAAGCCAUUUUAAACAAAUUUGCUCCUUUUGAAACAGAAACUGAUGAAAUAAUUUUGUUUUAAACUUUACAUUUACGCAUUUUGCAACUCAAUGGCAAAGAAACUUUAUGUAUUCUAG